AUGACCUGGUGUUAUGAAGUGCGAGGCACUCAGUACCACUGGGUCACAAGCCUGUAUGAAAGAAGUAACCUACCCAUCCUUCCAGCAAUCGUGAAGACUCUCAGUGAGGCUGUUAAAUUGAGGGCUGCUGAACUUCAAAAGCAGAAAUCAAAUCACUCCAAAGCGCUCAGAGUGCGGAUGAAGGUGGCAAGAGCAGAAGACCAAGAGGCCCGGAAAAAGUGGGUUAAAUGUCAAGCCAUCGUUCACUCAUAUGGUCAAGACGACAAGGGAGAUGAUGAACUGGGGGACGUGGCCGAAGUAACUGUCAUCAGCAACAGAACCUGUCGCUGUGGUUCAGCUUCUCACAAAAGAACAACCCACAGAUCUUGCCCUCUCAACACCACGAAAUAA